AUGUGGGCGCCGGGCUGCCCCCCGGGGCCCGCGGGCUGGGAUCGCCGCCGGGUGGGCGCGCGGCUGCGCGCGGCGCUCGCGGGGCUGCACGAGCUGCAGGGGCUGCGCGCCACGCAGCAGGCGCGGGUGCGGGACGCCCUGGCCAUGCAGCCCGCGGCCCCCGGCGGCCCCCGCGGCCCCGAGCUGCGGCUGGAGGCGGCGCUGGCCGCGCUGCAGGAGCAGCUGUCCCGGCUGCGGAGGCAGGACACGGGCCUGAAGACACACCUGGAGCAGCUGGGCCAGCAGAUCAGCGAACUGCAGCUAGACAUGUGCAGGUCGUCCAGCGAGGCUGUGGACAGUGACAGCAGGCCCAGCUCAGGUUUCUAUGAACUAAGCGACGGUGGAUCUUGCUCCCUGUCCACCUCCUGUGCCUCCGUGUGCAGCGACCAUAUGCCCCCUUCCCUGGGCAGUCUGUUGCCUGCUAUCCAGAUCUCCAAGGACAGGCCAGCCGUGGGGGACUGGCGGCCCCGGUCAGCAGAUGAGACCACCGUACCAGUGUGGAGACCCCAGCCCACAGAGGUUAGCGGGCUGCCAGGCAGCAUAGAGGAUGCUGUCCGGCUGCCCCGGGGCACGUUCCGUCCUCGACCAGUGUCCACGGGUGAUCUGGACCGUGUCCUGCAGGACUCCAACAAGGGCCGCUGCCACGGUGCAGAACUCCUGUGCCAGGUGCUGGACCCCAAGUACCAGCGGGACCUGGUGUCCAGGGGCGGCCGAGAGGUCUACCCCUACCCCAGUCCCCUGCAUGCUGUGGCCCUGCAGAGUCCCCUGUUCGCCCUGACCAAGGAGACCCUACCCCUGGCCCACCCCAUGCCCCCUGCCCAGCCUGUUCCCUGCACCCCCAAAACUGGGCAGGCCCCCGAGCCUCCCCGGGCUCUGGAUAGCCACCAAGGCCCAUCCCCGGCCAGGCAGCUCCAAGAACCCCGGCCUGUGGCCUCCGGGCACUUAAUCCCCAAGCUGGGGGUGGAAGGCAGAGGCUCCCUGCAGGCCCUGACCACCAGCCACCCCAAGCCCAAGGCUGUGAAGAGCAGGAGGAGGGCCUGCGACAAGGGGCCUAGCUCCAGGAAGCUGCCAUUGCCCCCAGAGAGACUUUGCCGUGUCCCCGGGGCCUGCCAGCCAGCCCCGGCAUGGGACCCCUCCAGGGGGCUUCUGGAGACAGGGCUCAGGAGGACGCCCGCCCUGGCUGCGGAGGCACGGGGCAGGUCCUGCUCUGAGUCCACCCUCUACCCUGUGUCCUUCCUCGUGCCCAUGGUGGUAGCCCCGCGAGACAGUUACCCAGCGCCAGCCCAGGGGCUGUACCCCUUGGAGUCGCGAAAGAAGCCGCGCAGGUGGAGGUCCACGGCAGAGAUCUCGGGCCGGAGAGCAGCGGGCGUCCAGCUGAGGCUGGCGCCUGGAAGAGCGCAGGGUGUGUCCCAGCCGCCGGAGCACCCGGCCCAGUGCGCCACACUUCCCAGCUCCACAGUCGCCGACAGCAGCGAAGACGAUGCCAGCGCCCACUCCGCCAGCUGCUUCGGGGACGCCGAGUCCAGCGGCAGCGAUACCACCGAGGGCAGUGCACGCAGGGGCACCGGCCUGGACAGCACGCGGCCCGGACAAGGGAUGCGGAGGCCCGGGGACGCCAGGCCAUCCCUACCUCCUGUGCCCCAUCUGUGCCGCGUCCGGGCGUCCCGCGCGCUGAAAAAGAAGAUCCGUAGGUUCCAGCCCGCAGCGCUGAAGGUCAUGACCAUGGUGUGA